AUCUUCCAGCGAGGACAAACUUCAACAGGCUGCACUGACUUGAAACAAAUGACCACCGAUUUAAAACAAAACAAUCAAUUUUCGAAGAAUCGGUCCCUAAAAGGUGCAUAAUUGGGUUUCAAUUUUCCAUGAUGGAUGUAAAGCGCGCAAUGGCUCUAAAUGAGGUUAUGAGGAUCCCAAGAAGGAUAUUGCUGCGUUUCCACUGAGAUGCACAGCAUCUGAGCUGGACGCUGGGCUGAUUGGAAAAUUCAGUGGAAGUAUUACUGGAGGACAGACGCUUCCUGUAACCGCGUAUAUCGCACAGAUAAAUGGAGUAACGGAAAGGAGGAGAGGGAGGGGGCCUCAGUAAACUUGACAGUGUUCAGUGAAUGGUCGGACAACUCUUGUUAACUCUCCUCUUCAGGUAAUGCUUCCUAUAAUUACCACAUAAUCUGUUGGAGUAGUACACAGGGGACAGUUCCCCCCGCCGUCGGGGAGAUAGAAUAAAAAGGGACUGACAGAGGGCAAACUUGGAAGUUGGAACUUGGAGCGCCACACCGGAUACUUUCUGUGCCUUGUUUUUGCUGUCUGCGUGCCGCGUCUGGAGGCUGAUUACCGAUCCUCACCGAUUCAUCUUCAGUUUCUUUACUUUUUUUCAAGAAUAGGAGUCGAGGUUUUCAAAAACUGAACAGUUUGGAACCCAGAGAAGACGCAAAAGAAAUAAAGUUGCACCCAUGUGCAUCGAUUUGGCUGGACGCACCAGACGCGAUUAUAAGAUAAAAGGAUUUUGAGAAGGUGUCCAAAAAGAAAAGGAUUCCCUUUCUCUCACUUACAUCCACCUUUCACCUUUCCUCACUACACUGGAGCUAUGAGCGCACCGCGCAAACCCGUUAUUAUGGGACUGCUGCUGCUGCUGUGCGCUCUGACCGAACACUGCGCCCAAAGCGCGCCGACAGUUGGAGCCGCUGGGGACGCGCAGCGGGGCUUCAGGCGGAUGGUAGCGAUCAUGAAGCACGUGGGGGAGAGUCGGGGGCGACACGCCUCGAGGACGGAAGCCCCGCUGACGCCGCGGGCGGUGGGCAGCGCGUCGGUGGAGCAGAGGGAUGUCCGAAGCAAGACAGACAAAGGGAACCAGGCUCUGGCCUUAUCCCCCGCAGAUUUUAAAAUGAAAGAGAGAAUUAUUAAAUAUUUCACAGGUCCAAUCACGUUCAGCUCCAAGUGCAGGAAGAAUGCAUACAGACUUUAUCACCACACCAGAGACUGCACGUUACCUGCAUACUUCAAAAGAUGUGCGCGACUUCUCUCACGGCUUGCAGGCAGCCCACAGUGCACAGAGGGGUAGCAGACACACACUCAAAAGGUUGAAGUAAAUCAAAAGUACUUCAGAAGCAGAGAUACAAAAAAAAAAAUACUUUGGUAAAAGGUGCCUUGGACGAUGAGAGGGAAGCCUAAACCUGAUCUGCCUGACUGACUUUAGGCACAGGGUUUUUGCUUCACCCACGUCCCCUUGUGCUGAGGUGAAAAUUGCUUCCAAUCACAACUUUGGCUGGGCCUCGAAGGUUAGCUAUCAUUACACGGGAGCAACAAGCAAG